AUGACUUUUGUAUAUGCAAAAUGCUCAUCACUGGAGAGAUUAGAACUUUGGGAUAAUCUAUAUUACCUUACUAUUGGUAUGGAGUUACCCUGGUUGGUUGGAGGAUAUUUUAAUGUUGUCCUUAAUGAAGAGGAGAAAAUAGGAGGAUUGCUAGUGUAUCUACCAGAGUAUGAAGAUUUUGCUUUCUGUGUCAAUUCCUGUGGACUGUUUGAUACUGGAUACAAAGGUAGUCCUUUUACAUGGUGGAAUGGUAGAUCCAAUGAAGAAUGCAUAUUCAAGAGACUGGAUAGAAUCUUUGUCAAUCAACAAUUCAAUACAAUAUUCCCAACUAUUGAAGUGGAGCAUCUCAUAAGGACUAGAUCUGACCAUGCACCAUUGUUGAUGAAUUGUGGGGAAGAUGCUGCUUAUUUUUUGAAGAGGGUGAAAACAACCCUAUCACAUUGGAGUAAACUUACUUAUGGAGACAUAUUCAAGCAACUGGAUAUUAGGGAAGAUAUUGUCAGGAUUAAGGAGAUAAUGUUUGAAGAAGAACCAAUAAGGGAGAACAGAAUUGUAUUGCAGCAGGCACAAGUAGAAUUGAAGAGCUAUCUUAGCAUUAAAGAGCAGUACUGGAAAUAA